GAUUGUAUCCAUGACAUGGGGAAUAUAAAUUGCAUCAUGUAAGCAUUUAUCUAGACCUUCAGGUACGGUCUGCUUCCAACAACAUUGUUUUUAAGUAAUGCAUCAUUGAGAAGACAUGAUGCUUUCAUACUAAAUAUUUUCUUCAUGUCUGCAGACAUAUCCAAGAUGUCGAUACAUAAGUCACCAAUUUUUGAAGAGGGCAAUGUCAAUAUGGGCAGCAAGCUUGAUGUUGUGUUUUCCCCCUUGCUCUACCAUACACCACUGAAAUUUUGCUCCAAUGCAAUGAAUUGUAUAAACCGUAGAUGCUUGAUAUUUUUAGUACCCUUUCUGCUACAUAUUCAAUACUGUUGAAAGCUUUUGAAUGCUCAGUCUGAGGAGUGAGCUCACAUUACACACCAUAGAGUAGAUCGAGAAGUUUCAGUCUCUUUCCUCUUGUUCUGAAGAGUGCUACCAUAAAAGUGCCAUAUUGUUGACAUAAAAAUUAGUUUUCAGCAACUCUGACAUACCACUUCUAAACAUUGUAAAGCAGACAGGUUGUACGAGUGAAAAAAUGUCGGCGUGAGGUAUGGCUAUGGAGGCAACGAGACGAUUUCUUUAGCCUGAGACAUUGUGAUGGGGAGCUUCCUGUUAAGAGAUUCUUUUGUGUAACUCUUAGCCACUGAAUCUGGUAUUAUGGAUGGACAUGAUUGAUUGUGUCAAACAUGAGUCGUGUUUUGGGUAUCGUGUCAAACAUGAGUCGUUUGUAUGGUCAACUUGGACAAAACAUGAUCAUUUAUUUUCAAAUUUAUUAAGUCAUUAUCUUAUAGUACUAACACAUGAUUUUUUUCCUCAUACAAAUAUAUCAAAACAUAAUAUUUUUAUUCAUAAAGAUUACUCAAGUUAUGAUUCUCUGACUAUUAGUUUGGUGGAUACCAUGCAAAAAAAUCUACAAAUGCAUAAAAAAAUCAAUCCGAAUAUCGAAUUAUAAGAAGACGUGCAUUGCACGUGCAUACUAACUAGUUGGUGAGAAAAGCGAAUAUCUAUUUCAGGAAAAAAACUUUCAUGGAAAAUAAAUAGAGAGAAAUAAAACAGAGAGAAAAAUGGAGUGGGAUGAAAUAACUAAGACAGAGAAAAAAACUAAAAAAUAAAUCGACGCCUGAGAGAUUCGAACUCUCGCGGGGAAACCCCAUGUACUUAGCAGGCACACGCCUUAACCACUCGGCCAAAGCGUCUUCGAUGGCAGCAAUACAACUUUCCAUCUUUUAAAAGGCACAACAUGUAACCCUGAUUCGUUCCCCGAAACCCCCACCAGCCAGGACACAGCAAUCAGACCAUGGACAGCGGCGGCGUGCGGCCAUCGCUUCCGUCCGCGGCGGCGGCGGCGGGAGGAGCCUCCGGCCCGGACGAGCCUCGCGACGCGCGCGCGGUGCGGGAGCUCCUCCGGUCGAUGGGGCUCGGCGAGGGCGAGUACGAGCCGCGCGUAGUGCACCAGUUCCUGGACCUGGCCUACCGCUACGUCCGGGACGUGCUCGGCGACGCCCAGGUCUACGCCGACCACGCGGCCAAGCCCCAGCUCGACGCCGACGACGUUCGCCUCGCCAUCCAGGCCAAGGUCAACUUCUCCUUCUCCCAGCCGCCGCCCCGCGAGGUUCUACUUGAGUUGGCACGCAGCCGGAACAAGAUCCGGCUGCCCAAGUCUAUCGCUCCACCUGGCUCGAUUCCUCUUCCACCUGAGCAGGACACUUUGUUAAGUGAAAACUACCAGCUCCUACCCGCACUGAAGCCACCAACUCAGACUGAAGAAGCAGAAGAUGACAACGAGAGAGCCGACGCAAUCCCUGCCAAUCCCAGUUCAAACUAUUCGCAGGAUCAGAGAGGCAGCGAGCAACAUCAGCCUCAGAGCCAGAGCCAGAGGGUUUCUUUCCAACUGAACGCGGUGGCUGCCGCGGCUGCAAAACGCCCUCUAGUGACAAUUGAUCAGUUGAGCAUGGGCUAACUAACUGAUGCCUGUGCAGCUUGCUGGGACCGCCCU